UAUGCAGGGUGCGCGUCUUUAACAACAGCGCUAACAUCAGAACUUCUUCCGUCAGGUGAACGCCCACUCCCGGGCAGCGAAACGCGGGGCCAGCUCUCCUGUUUGUCGCGUGGUCUCCUGCCGUAAAUUGGAGGAAAACGUCUGAACUCCGUUUCGAUGGCCGUCACGGAUUGUUAUGAACUCUGGAAGCGGCGAGGGAAAGUCACCGUCGCAGCCAUGUAACGCCAAGGUCUGACGAUGUGCAGGGACAUCCAUGCAACUGCGAAGUGGUAAAAGCGGUUUCCAGUUGCCUGAUGCGCGUGUGACCGAGUUUCCAGGUGCGCCACCCGUCACGGGGCUCUCCGGCCGGUCUCUCUGCUGCCAUGGAGGUGGGCAGCCUCCCCGUGGAGCUGUGGAGGGUUAUCUUGGCCUACCUUCCUCUUCCUGACCUGGGUCGCUGCUGCCAGGUGUGCCGUGCCUGGCGGGAGCUCAUCCUCUCCCUGGAUAACACCCGCUGGAGACAGCUCUGCCUGGGGUGCCCUGAGUGCCGUCAUCCCAACUGGCCCAGUCAGCCCCACCUAGAGCCCCCAUCCUGGAGGGAGGCCCUGAAGCAGCACGCCCUGGCCACCCGCACCUGGACUCAAAAUGGGCCAGAGCUCCAGUCUUCUGCAUGCCUCCUAUUUUUCCGUCGUCGAAAAGACCGCAGGGUUUGGCAUGUGGGGCCUGGAUGCGAGUUUGAGACCCUACGUGGGGCCCUCGGGGUGGUGGGGCCGUAUGACCGUGUGGUUCUCCAUCCAGGCGUAUAUGAGGAGCAGGCUGAGGUGGCGUUGAAGGUGCCGGUGGAGCUGGUUGGGCUGGGCCGAUUGGGCGAGGUGGCCCUCCUGGUGUGUAUGGAGCAGCAGUGCCCCACUGCCAGGCUGUGUAAUCUGGUGUUCAUGCCACCCUGGUUCUCCACUGUGGUCUACAAGACAUCGUGGGGUCACGUCCAGCUAGAUAACUGCAACUUUGAGGGGGCUCAGUUGCAAAUCCGCGGCCCAGGAACCUGCCAGGCUCGCUUCUGCUCCUUCUCACAGGGCAGCUCUGCCCACUUGCUGGGUGUUGUCCUCAGUUUAUUGGACAGCUGUGACUUUUCGGGAAGUGACACAGCUUCAGUGACUGUGGAAGGUCCUCCAGUGUCAGAAAGGAACUGGGCUUGUAAACACUUGGCUGCCCUGGCCAGGACGUUCCCAUCUUGUGGCGUGUCUGGGAAUAACAAUAGCUCUCAGAGAGGCCCUCUGGCUGGCUCCACUGGUGGGCGUCAGCCUCCAGGUAAUAAUGUCAAAAAGGAGCAUGUGAGCUUAGAGGACUGGCAGAGGAUGACUGGGGUAAAUGCAGUGUGUCAGGGCACAGUGAUUGAAGAUGGCUGGAGUGAUUGCGAACAUAGCGAGGGAGAGGAGGAAAGCCGAGAUGGAGAAAAAACCAACAACACCAAAAACCCAUUUACAUUUGAUUACAAAAUUCCAUGUGACAAUCAUGGCCUGUCUCAUUUGCUCAAGCCCCGGCCAGAUGGCUCUCUGCCACUGGCCUCCUCCCCGGAUCCCCCACCUGUGACCCCUGAACCCCUCACCCUUCAGCAGGAACUAGAGAGGGACCCAGAAGCUCAGAUGUUGGCAGCGUCCAGCCUUGGCUGCAUCCUCAGACGCUGCCUCUUCAGGGAAGGGAAGGGUGGUGUGCAUUUGUCUAAUUAUGGACAAGCUCGCCUGGAAGGCAAUGUUUUCCGUGGGCUGAACUACGCCGUCCGCUGCAUCCAGAACUCCACAAUAGUGAUGCUGAGAAACGAGGUGUGUGAGUGCCGUGCGUCAGGUGUGUUCCUGCGUCUCUCAGCUCAGGGCCUCAUUGCAGAAAACAACAUCCACUCAAAUGGAGAGGCGGGGCUGGACAUCCGAAAAGGGGCUAACCCCAUAAUUAUGUGCAACAAAAUACACAGUGGUUUGCGUUCUGGGGUUGUUGUCCUUGGCAAUGGAAAAGGUUCAAUUCGGAGCAACCAGAUCUAUAACAACAAGGAAGCAGGCGUGUAUAUUCUCUUCAGUGGGAAUCCUGUGGUUAGUGGGAAUCACAUCUUCCAGGGCCAGGCAGCAGGGAUUGCUAUAAAUGAGAAUGGCAGAGGAAUGAUAACAGAGAAUGUGAUCAAAGAGAACCAGUGGGGGGGUGUAGACAUCCGCAGAGGUGGUGACCCCAUCUUGAGGAACAACUACAUCUGUUAUGGCUUCUCAGACGGAGUGGUGGUGGGAGAGAGAGGACGUGGACUGAUUGAGGGAAACCAUGUCUACUGUAACAAAGGCUGUGGUGUGUGGGUUAUGUCGUCCAGCCUCCCGCAACUCCUGAGAAACUACAUCACCCAUAACUGUAUGUAUGGGCUGGCGGUGUUCUGCAGGAAAGACCCGGGGAACAUUGAGGCUAGGGAGGGGAACUGGCCAGGGCAGGAAGGGAUUGGUGGAGAAGGGGGGAGCGGGGAAAGAAGAGGAGUAGAAGGAGAAGGCAGAGAAGGGCAAGAGAACUUAAAUGAAGAGGGGGAAUUGUUUGCAUGGGAGAGUGACCUGGACAGCGAGGAUGAGCGCAACUCCGCCCGUCGCUCUAUCAGUGUGGCCCUGGUGGAGAGCAACUGCAUGAGCUACAAUGGAGCGGUUGGUCUGUACGUGAAGAGCAGCGAGCCCCUGAAUGUUUUUGCUAACCUUGUGAACAGUAACCGUGGCACUGGAAUUGCUGUGCUGCAGAGCGGUCAGCUAACCCGACUGGUUACAAACUGCAUCCUUGAAAAUGGUCGAGGAGGUGUUACGGUGGAGAGAGACUGCCGAGUGGAGCUUCGUGGUAAUGGCAUCUAUGAAAACAGUGGCCAUGGUGUCAGUUUCAGUGGCAACGGGCAGAUUGUGGAGAAUGAUGUGGUUGGAAACCGUGGAUAUGGGAUCCAGGUCUCGGGCAGCGCUGAUAUCAAGGUACUGCGAAACCGUGUCCAACCAGCACAGGGCUGUGGCAUUGCUGUGCUAGGGUCUGUAAAAGGUGGUGUCCAUGACAAUCUCUUGUUCCAGGGCCAUCCUGGAAACAAAAAAACGCUGCUACAAAUGGAUCCUGGCAAUGAGAGCUGUCUGUUGCGCAACAACAGUAUUCUAAGGCAUAAUAACAGCUGUACAUCUGCUCCUCCCUGGGUUUUGGAAAACCCUCCUCCUCGUCCGCUGCUCAGCUCCCCCUCUGGCCUCUCCUCAUCCCAGUAUCCUUCCCGACUUGGAAUUUCCAUGACAACCAGGAUCAGCGCCACUGUGGAGAGUGGUUGCCACAGUGGCAGCAUGUUCUGCUCCAUCCUGUGAAUACUGAUGGGCAUCAUGCACUUACAAACCAAUAUGAACGACUUUACCAAGAAGUCAGCAUCUGGUCACUCUUGAACUGGUGUGUUAUUGCACAUUUGGAGCACUCUAAACUUCCUCAGAGAAGACCCUCCAAAAAUGAUGCCAAAUUGUUUGGUUGGAGUAACCACCAAGAAGUAAGAGGCUGCACCGAGUUAUAACCACUAAAGGGGCCAUCCACCUUCCAGUACGUUAGGGUGGCACAUUUUGUAAAUCCGAAAGACUUUUGUAAUUUUAUGAUAAAAUGCCAGUGCACUCAUCUAAUGUGUACUCAAGACGUGAAGCUGGAUUACAAGACAUUGUCACAUCUUAAAAAAUCAUUUUCAUACUAAAGCUUUAACUUAAUCAUGUUCUUUUUUUACAUGCAGAUUUCAUAUUCAUGUACAGGAUUGCUGUAAACUUUGUUGGUUUUGUCAGUUUGCUUCUGAGACUUACUGGUUAGGAAGUGCACAAUUAUAAGUCCUAGGCAGGAGUCAAGGGCAUCAGAGAUGCCAACUUCAGCCAUGCUACAACGUAAGCUGUGCCUUGUUUGACUAUAGGGAAGGAGAUGUCAGUGAGGCGUAUAUGCAAAAGAAACAAAGCCAAACUUAAGCUUCUGCCUCUUGCACAUAGCUGCUCUGUUUCCUGGUGAGUCUGUGUUUUUUGUAUCGUGACCGCACAGACUCACCUGGUAAUAGCUAGUUACAGAGGGAAAAAGAUGUUCAGUGUGCAAUAUAUGAUGUCUACAAAUGUGCCUACAUGUUUUCUGUCUAAGCUAGAUGUUUUCUGUCAUCCAAAAUUUGUUUACAGCUCAUUACUUUUUUUGUAUCAUGCACAGUAAGCAUUAACUAACAAUAUUACGUAUAACUCAAAGUUCACCAUUUUAUUUGUCUACAAAAUGCAUUAAUAAAC